GCCUGGUAUUUCAAUCGCGAUGACGUAGCCUUGGAGGGCUUCCAUGGCCUUUUCAAGGGACUGGCCGACCGGGAACGGGAUCACUCGCGCCGGUUCCUCGAGUACCUCAACAAACGCGGCGGUCGUAUCCAACUCUACGACGUGCCGAAGCCCGCCAAACAGGACUGGGCCUCACCUCUGGAGGCGCUGGAGUCGGCUCUACACUUGGAGCGUACGGUCAAUCAGGCACUGCUCGACCUCCAGGGUGUCGGCGCCCGCACUAACGACCCGGAGUUCACGGACCUCAUUGAGAGUGAGUUCCUGCACGACAGGGUCGACCACAUUAAGACGUUGGCCGAUCACGUGACUAACCUGAGACGUGUGGGCCCGGCACUCGGCGAGUACCUGUUCGACAAAAAGACCCUGGGCUAA